UCCGACGUGGAAGCAGUUCUCUCUUUCAGCAGGAAAAUAAAACACAUUUUGAAACAAUUAGUCUGACAGACAGAAACAUCAACAAGGAAUGGCCUCUGCUAACACUUCCGGGUCUGAAGAGAACUUUUCAUGUUCCAUCUGUCUAGAUGUGUUCAACAGUCCAGUUUCCACACCAUGUGGACACAACUUCUGCAAAACCUGUAUUACAAAGCACUGGGAUGAGCAAGUCAUUUUCAAGUGCCCUCUUUGCAACAAGGCUUUCAAAAGAAGACCUGAUUUACGGAUUAAUACCCUCGUAUCAGAGCUGGCCGCUCAGUUUCAAACAUCCAAACGAGUAAAAUAUCAGGUCUGUGUUAAACCUGGGGAAGUUCCCUGUGACGUCUGUACUGGGACCCAGCUGAAGGCUGUGAAGUCCUGCCUAGUGUGUUUUAUCUCUUACUGCCAAACCCACCUGGAGCCACAUCAAAGAUUCCCAGUUCUUAAGAAACAUCGGCUGGUCGAGCCAAUGGACCGUCUGGGAGACAUGAUGUGUAAGAAACACGACCGACUUCUGGAGCUCUUCUGCCAGACUGAACAGGUGUGUGUGUGUCAGUUCUGCACAGAGACAGACCACAAGUCCCAUCCUGUUGUACCUCUAAAUCAGGAAUAUGAAGUGAAGAUGGCCCAGCUGGGGAAGAUAGAGGCUGAAGUCCAGCAGAUGAUCCAGGAGAGACUAAAUAAUAUUCAGGAGAUUAAAGACACAGUUAACCGCAGCAAAGCAGACGCAGACAGAGAGAUAGCUGAUGGUGUGCACAUCCUCACUGCUCUGAAGCGCUCCAUUAAAAAGUACCUGGAUGACGUCAACCGAAUGGUUAAAGAGAAACUGAAAUCCACUGAGAAACAAGCUGAAGACCUCAUCAAAGAGCUGGAGCAGGAAAUAGAAGAUCUGACCAAUAGAAGCUCAGAGGUGAAGCGGCUCUCACACACUGAAGACCACCUCCACUUCCUCCAGGCCUUCAGAUCCCUGAAGGAUCCUCCACCCACCAGGGACUGGACGACGGUGGAUGUCCAUCCUCCGUCAUACGUUGGGACCUUGAGGAGAUCCCUGGAUCAGCUGGAGGAGACACUGAACAUGGAGAUGAAGAAGCUGCGUGAUGCUGAGUUGAAGAGGGUCCAGCAGUAUGAAGUAGAUGUGACUCUGGAUCCUGAUACAGCUCAUCCCCGUCUCAUCCUGUCUGAGGAUGGGAAACAAGUACAUGAUGGAGGUGUGAGGAAGGAACUCCCAGACAACCCUAAGAGAUUACCAAAAAACAUAUGUGUUCUCACGAGGCAGAGCUUCUCCUCAGGUAGAUUUUACUUUGAGGUCCAGGUUAAAGACAAGACUGCGUGGUAUAUAGGAGUGGUCAGAGAGUCCAUCGACAGAAAAGAUCUGAUCAUAGUGACCCCUGAGACGGGUUACUGGACUCUCUUCUCCUACAAGGAUAGGUUGGUAUUUAAUGAUAACCCUGAUGUCCGUCUCCCUCUGAGAGCUGAGCUCCAGAAGGUGGGGGUGUUUGUUGAUUAUGAUGAGGGUCUGGUCUCCUUCUAUGAUGUGGAAGCCAGGGUUCAUAUCUACUCUGCUACUGGCUGCAGCUUCACUGAGCCUCUCUAUCCACUCCUCUGUCCAUGGUCCUGGAGAUAUGGAGGUAACAACUCUGCCCCCCUGAUCAUCUCACCUGUCAAUCAAACAGACUAGGACCUUUGUUUGAUAAAAUAAUCAAACGACCAAAACAACUAAUGCUGUUUCAUGAAUUAGAAUCUCUACCAUGUGAGAUCUGAGAGAACUGUAUCCAUAUCUUACUGCUGUCAUAGAACAAGGAGUAAUUCAGUAGGAAGUGAACCCUGACUAUUAUAAAUGA